CGUUUAGAGACUGCUCCCCGCCAGACCCAGCCCGUCCCUCCCAUCCUCUCCAGACUGUCCGCCACCCCCAACCCCCACCACCCCUUGGUCUUUUGGCUCGCCCCGAAACCCAGGCUUUGGAGGAUCGCCCUGUUGGCUUCUAGUGUCCUGUCAGCCAUGCGACCGGCCCAUUGAAGCGACCAUGGUUCGUGUCACCGAAGAGUUGGCGCUCUCUCCUGAGCAUGUAACUCUCUACUAUGCCAACGACCCAUUACUCGGCCACCUCCCCGUCCUGAUAUUCCACGGAUCCUCCACCACGGCCAACUACACUCUCAACAGCUCCCGGAUCCAGAUCCACGUCUACAGCCCAGCCGGCUUCCAGUCCUUUCCACGGGUCACCAUCUCUCCGAACUCCCCCUUCUAUGGCGUCGUUAACCACCUGCCGCGCGAGUUCCAGGGCGACGAAAUAUGCCGAGGGCUCGCAUUCGGCCUCUUCAAGUAUUUCACCGAGCUCCCAGAGGCCGUCAAGACCCACCUCAAGAACCAAUACCCCACCACCCGGGGCCGCCGCCCGGGCUCGGCCCCUGCGCUUUUCGGCGAACAGCAUGCGGCAGACCUGGCGAAGUCGAUGGUCCAGGCCGAGAACACCCCUGAAAUGAUACAGGUCCUCGAGACGGCUCUGCAGACACAGCACAUCAGCAAUGUCGAUGUCGACCUUGUCCUGCCGCCAGGAUCCAUUACCCCCUUGCGACCCGCGGAUCUGGAGGAGGUGCCCGAAGACGAAGACGACAUAAUCGAUCCGAGUCUCAGGCAAUACGGCGAGUAUACCCCGCUGGUCAAGCUCUUUGGCGAACCUGUCUUCUUGCCAACAUCCAAGCUACGGCGAGCGCCCUCGAAACCCAGUUCGCUGAACAGGAGCAAAUCGUUCACGAAGGACCAGAAGGUCGAGAUUCGUCUCAAGAUGGGAGAGCUUGUCGACACGGAAGAGCGCUACGUUUUCAAGCUCAACGAGCUCGUGAACCACAUUGCAGACGACUUCCGCCAGAGUGCCAAGGAACGCCCGGCCGGCAGCACGAGCCCAACGGAAGAUGACCUGGAAGGGCUCUUCCCAAGGUCUGCCGACCACAUUCUUCAAAUCAACUCGGCCUUCAUGCAAGAAAUGCGGCGAGUCAUGGACGAGACCGAGGAUGAGGCUCUGCGGGAUAUCGACACUACGUCCCCCGCACCCCGGCUAGGUGGCUCAGGCAGAGUCAAGGACUCAAGCGGAGCAUUGGCCAUGGCACGAGUCUUCUUGGACUGGUUUCCCAAGUUCACUGACUGCUAUCAAGACUACAUACGGGCCAGUCAGAACUUCCCGCACUUGCUCAACUCCUUCCUCGAUCACCAGUCCACCUUCCGCCAGCGCGUAGCGCACAAAGGCGAGCAGACGAUCCGCUCGAUCCUCAUUGAGCCCGUACAGCGACUCCCUCGCUAUAAUCUCUUCAUCGACCAGAUAGUCACUUGCCUCCCCAUCACCCACCCUGCACUCCAGCUCAUGCUUCGUGCAAGAGACAUCAUCACGAACAUCUGUUCCAUGGACGACCCCCUACCGAACAAGCCCCAUGUCACCAACCGGCUUCGCAACAUGGUGGAGUGCUGGCCGCUCGACCUGGAGCCCCAGGGCAGGCUGAUUUUGGGCGUCGACGUUGUCGAACUUGCCGCGCCCUAUGUUGCAGGACCUCAUAAUGCCAACAUUCAGGACCGGGCAGGUAUCUUCCUCGUCUUCUCGGACUGCAUCGUCAUCUUGAAGAAGAAGUCCGCCUCCGGCGUCACCGCGCGUGACCUCUUGAGGGAGAUUGACAAGCCCUCUCCGGCCGGCUUGCUCGCCUCGAUGACCAACGCUGCGGGCGGUCCGGGGUCUUGGGAGUACGCAUUCGCGGGCUGGCACAAUCUCGCCGACGUUCACUUCACCGAGUCUUCCGAUGGGCGUCUGAUUUGGAUGACUUCCACCCAUGAGAUGAAGGGGGCUCACUCGGGUGAAUACGUCACUGGUAAGGCCAUCACCUCCAGGUGCUUUCUUCUCCAGGAACUGUACGAGGGGAAGGCAGCUAGAUUGGGCGAAGAUGUCGCCAAGGCACGUAUUGAAGGGCGGUUCUCCGAGGCCGAGAGGGAGGACCCGGCGUGGUCUCUGCGGUCAGUGAGGAUGCAGGACAACAACAUCGGGCUACAUGCAGCCGUGUUCCAGGAGGCCGCCGAGCAGCUUAUCGAAGGCCGGAAGGAGCCAGCCCCGAUACGCAUUGUCAUUGAUCACGACAAGGGGACUAAGGGCGCACCUGUAGGUCAUUACGGCGUGGAGGUCGUGGUGGAGGUGAAGACGGGCGACUUGACGAGGAUUGGCAUCAACACACUCGGCCUGAACGGCAAGCGUUAUAGCGACGAUGUGGCGCUGGAGGACUUCCUCCCGUCACUCACGAGGAGAAUCAUCCAGCUACUCAGUAGCCAGUUUAGCGUCUCAAAUCUCCGGUUGGCACCUGCUCUGGUGUCUUAUUAUACCAAGAUACUACGGGGUUGCAACAUCUCUUCGAGGACAGAGAAGACAAGAUCGUUCCUCGCGUCCUCGCCCGUCAAACUGCUGUCUAGUUUCCUUGGCGGCGGCAGCACACCUACGAUGGCAGAUACCGUGAGCGGACCGAAGCAUCAACGGACGCCCCUAGGCAAUAUGACGUCGCUUUUCCCAGCGCAGCUCUCGCGUUCGAAUAGCCAGAAAGACAAUGCGUCCUUCGUGGGAUCCAUCACGGAGAAGGAUCGCGGGCGCAUUGGGAUGGAGGAAGGGCGGCCAGAGAACCCACUGAUGCGACUCGAACAAACAUUCACGGGCUACAUUGCCAGCCUGCAGGCACGGAAGGGCCAGUUUAUCGGCAGAACGCUGCUGAAUAGGUCGAGCGCCGACGAGCUGUCGGUGAACGAUCUCUAUAACCGGCUGAUCGAGAGCCCGUUCGACCUCGACGCGUCGGCCGAGCUCCCCACUGAAGUCAUCUUCACGGCGUUUGAGAAGUUCGUCCGCAUUGCCUGGCGCGACCAGAUGGGCCCCGUGAUGACGACCCAGGCUCUCGAUGCGUUGCAGGCACGGGCCUCCAAGAGGGUCCCCGGGGACUUUGCUGACUUUGUCAACUACUUGUUCGGAGACAUGGCGCCGCAAAAUCGAAGGGCAUUUACCGCUCUGAUCAAGCUGCUCGCGGAUAUCCUGGACGGGUGUGGCAAUGACGGGGACAGGGGCGCCCUGACCUUGGCAUUUGCGGAGCUGCUAGUCGACAGCGACAGCGCGCAUAAUUAUAUCAACUUGCUGGACCGCCUCGUCGAGGACUGCGAUCGCAUCUUCGAAGAAGCCGGCUUCGGGGCUGGACUUCAUCUCCGUGGCUCGGCGUACGAGUCGAUGAACUCGACGACGAGAAGCCACAAGUCUGCGUCCGGGUCGAUGACGUCGAACACGUCGUCUCUUCGACGCAAGUUCGGCUUUGACAGCCUGCUCCGGCAAAACACCAAGAAUGACUCGGAACGACCAUCUAUGUGGCGUAGCCUGAGUAAACAUACUCGGAACCCGGCGACGGGUGAGAGCGCAAGCCUCUCCAAGGCAUCGGUCAACCGUUCAAGGUCGAUCGACCUGGGAGUCCAACCACCGAGCCCCAACAAGCUUCGGCGCCCGGGAUCUCGCGAUCGGCCCCCCGUUGCGGGCGCCUUUGAUGACAUUACCCACCGCCCUUCCAGCUCACAUAGACUCGAGACCAUUGGCGAGCCCGACGCCGAGCCGGCGGAGUCGUCCAAGUCACUCAAGAAGAAGCGGCGGAGCUCUCUCUCCGAUCUCAAGGCCCUCAUGGCAGCGGCAAGCCUGGAGGACGUGCCACUCACGCCUCUACGCAUCAACAAGCAGACAUCCGAAAAGUUCAACUCCAGCCCGCGGAUGCCCCCUCCGUCCAAGAUCCCAAUCAGCCCACAAUCACAGAGCAUGCGGGCGCCGCGCCAGAAAGAAAACGUUGCCCAGACAUUCGACAAGACCGCAUCCUCGUCCCUGUCCGAGGUCUUCAGGCCGGCCGAGCGGGGCCACGCCAAGAUGCUCUCGACCUCUCAGAUCCCGACCCUCAAGCCGUCGUCGCGGAUCCCCAACACGAGCGGCGAAUCCUCACCCACGCGGCCGUCAUCGAGCCCGACCAAGGGCCAGCCGCCACCGUCGUCGCUGACGUUGACGUCGACAGCGACUACGACCGGUUCGCCGCAGAAGCUCCGGCUCCAGUCGCCGCAGAAGCUGCGCGAGCGCCUGCAGGUGGAGAAGCAGGCCGUGGACGACGUGGACGCCAGCCUCAAGAGCGAGCUGUCGCGGAUCGCCGAGGACAUGGCGCGCGUCAACUCUGCGCUGCCGCGGUCGGCGACGGCGGACCUGCGCAGGCUGUCGGCGGCGGUGCGGGCGCUCGAGGACCGGGUGCCGCGGGCCAUGCAGGAGCUGCGGGAGCGGCAGGCCGAGGUGCAGCGCGAGGUGGAGGGCGCGCUGAGGGCCGGCGAGGCAAAGGUCAAGGCCAUCGACCAGCUGUACAAGGAGGCGACGGCGGAGAACGAGCUGCUGUACGAGAAGUUCAACAACGAGCUGGGGAAGAUCGUCAGGGCGCUGAAGGGGAAGGGGAGGGAGGAUAAGGAGGAGCUCAUGACGAAGCUCAAGGAGGGCGGGGAAGAGAGGGCGCGGAUGAAGAAGGAGAAUUCAAGGCUGAAGAGGGAGAUUGUCAGCCUGAGGACGGCGCUGAAGGGGGGGGAGAGCUGAGUUUUUUCCUGCCUGGGUGAUGGUUCCGCUACGGUUGUGUCUAGAAGUGCGAAGGCGUCAAAUGGGGUGGCGGCGUUGAUUUGGAGAGGCGGCGGUUUGGCUAAAGGGUACGGGAACCGACUGCCACGGCAAUUGGCGCCAAUAUGUGUGAUGUCGUUACCUGAUGCGAGAUGACACUGUGUGCAGUAGCCCCCGGAAUGUUUGUAAAUACUGUAACGAGUUUCAUGUCUGGGUAUGUACGAGAUCCUUGAUGAAACGAACCAGGCUUGGAAUGGAAUGGCAAAGCUUAAAAAAUUACGAUGCCGAGGACUGCGUUGGCGCCCCCUGGCUUUGGGACUCUCUAAGAGCGGCUUUGGCUUUACCUUCUUCCACCCAGCAUUCGAAGAACAACGGUCCGGCCUCUACGGAUCUAAUGGGCGUGGUCCUGGCCCCGCCGAUAUCACGGC